UUGACAGUUCACAUCUAGGACGUGCGGUCAGCAGCUGGGCGACCCCAACAGUGAAAGUACCUCGCAAGACACAUCAACGAUUAGCAGUACUACUCUUAUCCGUUUGUCUCUGCGAUGAUCACGGAACAAUAAAAGGCGGGUCAUCAUAUUAAUGCAUGUUCGAGCGUGCGCGCGCCAUUAGGAAAUAUCAGAAGACGAGAAUCAGCGGGAAAGAUGGUUUAACUGCCGUUAUAAUGGAUCUGCCCACAAGCGUACGAGUGCAUUAACGUGCCAUAGUCGUCAGUCAUGAUUACUCCACGUCCAUGAUGAUGACUUUAGCGAAUGCUCCUAACAUCACACUGCAGUGAAUGGUUGUGAUAAACCGAAAUGGGAGACAAUCCUUUGUUUUUUUAGAGCUCGCAAGAAGCAAAGGAAGGACAAAAGAGUCGGACCCUCGAACUCACUUUCAGAAUGGGCACGACGAGGAUGCUCAAUACACGACGCGUCGCAGUUCCCUGUCUACCGCAUUAAGAAGGCACACAUUGUGCCCGUUGGCAUGACCGUUUACUUCAUUUGUGGACCCGUAGCUCCUUGAGCAGGAAUGGUUUCUGUUAUUAUGGGGACGGAUCUAUUCCAAAGUUGCGAUAGCAACUUGAAUCGCAAAUGGACAUCAAUGGAAAGGAGUCCUAAGAUCUUCCAUACAUUCUGUCCCCUGGCAUUUCUCCCCCUGUGUGUCUGAGCUGAGUGUUCUAGGUGUGUAUGUGUGUCUGAGAGAGAGAGACACACAAAAUCACACACACAGAGGCAGAGAGAGAGAGAGAGAGAGACCGAGACUUUGAGUGUGAGGAUGCCGCGCUUCCCCCUGAAGAAAAUCCGAAAGCAGCUCAAGCUCCUGUUGCUGCUGGUGUUCCUGACAUUCGCCGUGUGGUUCACUUACCUGCACAUCCACCAGGGCAAAGUCUUCAGGCUGCAGUUCAGCUAUGGAAAAGAUGCAGAGAAGCAGGUGGAGGAGGUGCCACAGAAGCCGCCACACGAGCACCGUCUCCUUGGCGAUGCCACUGAAAGCCAAGAGGAGGAGCGUGCCGCAGAUGGACAUGCUGACUAUGUGCAGAGGAGGGAUGCUGACCUCCAUCAGUUCCUCAAGCAGAAGCUGCUGAAAUUGCCAUGGAAACCUGAGUAUAAGGGUCAGGCUAAUCUUCAUGUGUUUGAGGACUGGUGUGGCUCGUCUGUGUCCCAGCUCAGAAAGAACAUACAUUUCCCCCUUUACCCUCACAGUAGAACUACAGUGAAGAAAUUGGCAGUGUCUCCUAAAUGGAAGAACUACGGCCUCCGCAUCUUUGGUUUUAUUCAUCCCUACAGAGAUGGGGAUUUUCAGUUUGCAAUCUCAUCUGAUGAUAACUCUGAACUAUGGAUGAGCUCAGAUACGAGUCCUCUUAAUGCCCAUCUGCUUGCCUUUGUGGGCAUGCGUGGCUGCGAGUGGACAGCUCCCGGAGAGUUCACCAAGUUCAGAUCCCAGACCUCGGAAGUCAUACAUCUAGCGGCUUCAAGGAGGUACUAUUUCGAAGUUUUGCACAAGCAAGAUGACAGAGGCUCAGACCAUGUGGAAGUUGCGUGGCGCCCUUUUCUGCCUGGCUUGAAGUUUGACAUCAUUGACUCUGCCUACAUCUCCUUGUACACAGAUGAGUCAUCUCUGAUGAUGGACAACGUGUCCCAUAUCCCUCAGACUCUGGCCAGUCACGCUGGCCAGCCAGGACUCCGCAGACUGUCAAGGGCCAGACCUCACACUGAUAUGCUGACUUCUGACCCCAGAGACACCUUCUACCACAUCCCGAUGAUCUCUGAAUCUCGGCUCCUGAAUGUUCUGCCCUCCUGUCUCUACUCUCCCUCUUACGUUCUCAAGGACUUCCCCAUCGCCCGCUACCAGGGCCUCCAGUUUGUGUACUUGUCAUUUGUUUACCCCAAUGACUUCACCCGGCUCAGCCACAUGGAGAAAAACAACAAGUGCUUCUACAAGGAGUCUCCCAUGUACCUGGAGAAGUAUGGAUUCUACAAAUAUAUGAAAAUGGACGAAGAAGAGGAUGACACUCCUUUCUUUUUUCCAAACCCUGACGACUUCCUGGAGGAGGAGGAAGGGGCAGACCCAGAGGAGGAGAGGCUGGUCUCUGACAAAAAGCCAAUCAGGAGGGAGAAGAAUCCGAGGGUGGCCAAUCACACUGUCAGAAUAUCUCCAACGCCCACCCCCACCAGUGAGGAUAGAGAGGGAGAGGGAGCACAGGGGAAAGCAAGCCCUGAGGGGGGAGCGAGUGAGAGAGAGGAGGGCAAAGAGGAGAAGAGAGAGGAGAAACUGAACGGUGAUGGAGGAGGGGACAUUCAGGUCAGCAGAUCUGGAGGACGUAACCUAUCAUGGGUGCGCAUGGGGAGCGUCAAUGUGGACCCCAAAAAAGCGCCGUCUUGGACACACACUCAGACUCAAACACACGCGCUCCACAACUCUCUGCAUCUGCUCCCUCAGAACAGCUCCCUGUACACGCUUGUGAAACGUCUCCUUGGUAACGUGCCCUGGAAUCCUGCUCCUGCUGGACACUCUCCGGGCAGUUCACACACCCAGCGUGGAGAAGGGGCGGGUAGCGUUCACAGCGCCCGGCCGCAAACCCCUGAAAGCGGGGAGAGGUCGGUGGAAGUCAUGCCUGGGAUCUUUGUGUACCGCACUGGAAACUCUGCUCCGCUGGUCCACUCCCGACACGCACCCCCGGGCUCAGUCGGCCUGUCACACCCAAAUGCACCCGUAAACUCACACACACUCUCUCACAGUAACACACAACCAACCACCACCACUAGACCCCAGCCAGACGACCCCUCAGACCAGCCCGAGGACCGUCCAGCAUCCAGAUGGAGCUUCAGCUCCAUAAACCACCCCAGCAGCGGCUCCCCUUCCUCUGCUCCCCCAGAAAGCAGACCCACGCCUGGGCUAAACUCGUCCGAGAACAGCCUCCAGACCACGGAGGACAACCAAUCCACCAGAGCCUCCAGGGCCUCGGGGCCCAGCGUGUCCCAGCCAGUGGCCUCCGACAUGGGCUCCCAGGGCUCCCAGGACUCCCAGGGUGGCGGCACGUCGGAGUACAGCUACGAGGAGCAGGAGGACCUGAAGCCGGACUGGGAGGAGACGGAGAUCAACUGGCAGCGGACGUUCAGCGCCAACACAGUGGACUUUGAGACGCUGCGCUCGGACUGGAAUGACCUGAGGUGCAACGUGUCUGGGAACCUGCAGCUGGCGGAGAGCGAGGCGCUCGACCUCGUCGCGCAGUACAUGGAGAGACUCAACAAGCACAACGGAGGCAUCUAUACUCUUCGGCGCAUCGUUAACGUGGAGAAGCGCCGCGACUCGGCCCGGGGGAACCGUUUCCUGCUGGAGCUGGUGUUGCUGGAGGGGGGCAAAAGGGAGGUGCGCGUCUCUGAGUACGUUUACCUGCUUCUCCGCCGCAGCCGCCUGGACGACAGCUUGGAGACGCGGGAGGGUGGUGCUGGUGCCCCGUCGUCCCCGCCCACGUCCUCUGACCUUCCUCCCCACCCUGCGUCCCCCAGGUCUCCAGUGCCCAGCCGCAGCAGUGCUCAGGAGCGUGCCACCCUAGCAUGGGGCACAAGCUAUGCCAAGCCCUUGCUCUGCCAGCCCAGUGUGCUCCACUGGAGGCGCGACGUCAUGGUGCACUUUGUGGUGCCAGUGAAGAACCAGGCCCGCUGGGUAGUGCAGUUCAUCUCGGACAUGGAGGCGCUGCGCCGGGAGACCCAGGACGACAACUUCCGCGUGGUCAUCGUGGACUUCCACAGUGAGGACAUGGAUGUGGAGCGGGCCCUGAAGGAGAGCUCCGUGCCCAGCUAUGAAUAUCUGAGGCGUACAGGCCGGUUUGAGCGAGCAGCUGGACUGCAGGCUGGUGUGGAUAGCAUCCAGGACAGUCACAGCAUCGUAUUCCUGUGUGACCUGCACAUCCACUUCCCCGCAAUGCUGCUGGAGAGUAUCAGGAAGCACUGUGUGGAGGGCAGGCUGGCCUUCGCCCCCAUCGUCAUGAGGCUCAACUGUGGAGCUACACCACAGGAGCCAGAGGGCUACUGGGAGGUGAACGGCUUUGGGCUGCUGGGCCUGUACAAGUCAGACUUUGACCGGGUGGGAGGCAUGAACACAGAGGAGUUUAAGGAGCGCUGGGGAGGAGAGGACUGGGAGCUGCUGGACAGGGUACUGCAGAACGGCUUGGAGGUGGAACGGCUCCGUCUGAGGAACUUCUUCCACUACUUCCACUCCAAGCGUGGAAUGUGGAACUCUCAGACAAACAAGGUUCCUAAAGACUAGCUGCAGGAGAAUAUGCCUCAAGUGGACCCAAUAUAUGACACUUAACCUUCAAACAGAACCCUCUGGAAGUCUUGCUGAAGAUGAGAUACAGAGAUUUUUGGCUGUGACAGAUCUCUAAUGGAUUCUAAAAGUCAACCUUUUCCUGGUUAAAACUGUUAACCGGACAUUUUCUAGAAUCCCAACUCUGUGACAAGGUUCUGGCUCUAUCUGAAAGGAAGGAAUGCGUUAUCAAGUCAUAGGUUACCAUAGAAUCAUAGUGUAAUGUCUGCCCACUUCAAAUGAGAUAGUCACACAAACUGUGUGUCUGUGUAUAUUUUAGGGUGAUCUGGUGCUAAUGUAUUAUGUAUACAUGUAUACAUGUGUGUGUGUUUGUGUGUGUGUGCGUGCGUGCGUGCGUGCGUGCGUGCGUGCGUGCGUG